AUGUUCAAAUCAGACGUAUUUUUGAGUAUUGCCUGCCUCAUAAUUAUCAGCAGCACGGUGAAUUCUAAUGAUGAACUCGUACGGGUUCGAAAUAAGAAGUUCUUCAUAUCACCUAUAAAGAAAAACUUUUAUGUGGCACGCGACCUUUGCAAGCAAAAUAAAGCUGAUCUGGCCACCAUUGAGUCAAAUGACGAGCUGGUAGCCAUAUCGAGCCACCUGCUUCAAGAGGGAUACAGGUCGGAGGCCAAUGACCUGUUUUGGUUGGCGUACUUUGAUGUCGGCAGACCUGCAGGACAGUUCUAUUCCAUAGCUACAGGGCUACCACUGAACACCUCUGGAUGGGUUCCUGGUCAGCCAGACAAUGCAGGGGGCAAUGAGCACUGUGCCCACAUUUGGUUGCGGCUUGGAAAAUACGGAAUGAACGACAACAACUGCAAUGUGGAACUUAGGGCUAUAUGCGAACAAAAGAUACGUCAUACUAUCUGUUAAUUUAAUAGUUCUCUUUCAAAAAGGCGGGAACUGAUAAGCAACACUGAGAAAAAAUUAUAAUAGUAAAGCCGACCACACCUACAUAUGUACAUUAAAUAUGUAGUUUUGAAAUCAACUUUGAUUUAAAUAAACUUUUUAAUACUGCACAUAUUUAA